AUGAAUACAAUUCCACAGACACCCCGCAUCCUCCCGCAGCACCUCGAAGCUUUUAACUGCGCUCCACCUGGAUCUAACACCGCAUACACUGUCCGCCUUCUCGGAACCGUGACCGCGCUCGACGGUGCCAAUGGAACCCUCACAUGCGGCGGCAAUGGUGAUAUUGCCCUCAUGUUGAAAGCAGAGAGCCAUCUACAGAUCGGAAAGUUAUUUGAGGUCAUUGGCAAGGUGUCCCCGCUGGAGAACGGACAGUCUGGCUAUGGACUCCGAGUUCUGGCCUGUGUUGACUGGGGUAACCCAUCUGACUGCAACUACAACAUCUAUGAACAGGUCGUUAAUGCCACACAUAGCUGCUCGUCUAUCUUCUAUAACCAUUGA